ACAUAAGCUCAUGGGCUAUUUUCUGACAAACAUAUAUAAAACUGAGAUAAACAAUGAUAAAGCAGCUAAAAAGGAAUACAUAUUAAUGUGUUUAAGCAUAUUCAAAACAUAUAUGUUAAAUAAGAUACUAAGAGAUUUAGAUUAGAAGUUGAUAGUAAGAGUACACAUCAGUGACACCCGAAGAAGACACCACUAGUUAGUAUGACGAAUGAAGCAGGUCAGAUUGCUGCAUGUCCGAAAGCAAGAUGAAUGUCUUAGACUAUAAAGCAGACAUGGUGUAACCAAACUGAUACCAAAUUGAUAAAUUGACAUUUAAGAAUGCUACAGUAUUUUCAAAUCUCAAAAUCAGAUAGCGAUACGGAUAUAUAAUAAAUCAAGAUGCAAUGAUUGCCUCAUUACUGUUUCAUAAAUCAUGUCAAGAUUUCACUUCAGAAAAUAUACGAUUAAUCGUAUGCACACAAUUUUGUUAAUAUCUAAGCAGACAAGUAUCUCAUGUCUCCUUUAAAUGAGAAAAGUAAACAAUUGAGAAAUGUCGUAGACCUUUCAAAAAUCGCUAGAGAAAUAAACAAAUAGAUCUGUUCCGGUUUUAAGACUUUUAUAAUCACAGAAAAAAAACUUACAUAAAUAUAGCUAUCGGGUUUCCAUACCUUUUAAAGACAAUGUCGGUUUUAAAACAUAGCUCGUAUAUAACAGGAAACCCCUCGAAAUAAUAUGUGAAAAUUAAGACAAUCCGAUAUAAAUUCCUUCAGGUACCCUGAUGAUGCUCCUGUGCUGGAAACAAAUACAAACAUACUUUUUGACGUCAAUCUCACAAAAGAACAAAUCUCUGACCAUCGGCGUGGGAAGCAUAGGGUCAUUCGAAUAUCCCACACACACUUCUCAAACCAGGAAGAUAUGAAAUUACAGCGUUAACACACGUUUUCAUACAACUUUAUUUUAUCAUUGUCACGCAGGCUAAAAAUUAAUUUUAUUUAAAGUGAAAACGAGUGUAAUAACGUAUAUUCUGCAAGAGACUGCUAAAGUUCUGAAUACUUUAUCAAAUAUUCAAGAUGAAUCAAGAGAUGGAAUGGACAUUAGAAACAUACCGGCUGGAUGAGCUUGAAGGAAAAUUUGAUUUUCCCUGUGUGGUAUGUGUUAACGAGGGAUACUAUUCUGAAACAGACGCCGAAGGCUUCUCACAAGGGGAUAUAAUGUCAAUUGAUUCGAAAUUGGUAAUGCAUAAGGUUGCUGCAAAUUUCGCCGAACAUGUAGAAGACACAAAACUGCGAGAAAAGGACUACAUUGAACUUGAACGUGAAAUUCUCGUGCCGUUAAAUUACAAGGGCAAACUGAAAGUAUUAAGGAAUAUAAAGAAUUAUGAGAGUGUAAGAGAAUUAGCUACUGAUUUUCCAAGAUAUGCGAAAGUUAGAGAAAAUUUUAAAGUGACUACGGAGGAGAAAAUAACUGUCACCAUUCAAGCUGGGACUGUUAUAGAACUGGACAGAAUACUUCCUGGAUCAAUGCACGGUCCAAGCCGAGAACCGGAUAAACUUGUUAUACAGUUUCAACAUUUAAGUGGGCCUUUGGUAGUAGCUGUGCCAUUAAAUGAAAGGGGAAAAUUCCGAACAGUUCCUGAUGAUAAUGAAUAUACGAUAAAGGAAGCCAUAGAUAGGUAUAGUCUUCCGCAGCAUGUAAGUUUUAUAGACGACAAAAUUAAACGUGUCUACACGCAGGAUCUUCUGGAAGGAAUUGAAAAUAUGAGCGCAAUUACAGAAACACUGCGAUUAAACCGCCUUAUUACUCAGAAUGUCCUAGUUGGGCACUACAAGCCUUUAGAUGGAAGCGAAACAAAGGAUACUGAAAGAUUUCGACAGAGAACUCUAGUUGUGUUGCCUAUUGACAAUCCUGAUAUUCGUGAAAUAGAAGUAAACGUUCUUAAAGGUGUUACAGAUGAUGUUUAUGAGCAGGUGUUUCUUGUGAGAAAUGUGUCAAAGUCUAACACAAUGGACAUUGUUGAUGGCUCAUUGUACGUAGACUUUGCAAUGAGACCAGGAAUCAAAAUCAUCUCGCAUGAUGAGGACACAAGCUGUGAUGAGGAUAAGCCACCACCCCGGCCUCCUAAACCAGGACAAAAAGCACCUGCAGUUGCACCGAAGCCACAUCCGAAAAAGAAGCAAUUAAAGAAGCCGAUAAUUGAUCAUGUUAGCGAUGACGCUGAUGACACUUACAUAGUCCCUGAAGCUGGAACAGACCAGAGGAAAAUGUCUCCGAAAGCUCAAACGAAGAAACCUGCUUUGAUGAAAGCAUCCAAUCCACAUAAAUCGCCUGAAGUGAGAGACUACCCAUAUGAUUACGCGGCAACAACUAGCCCCAGAAAUACUGGAGAUUAUUCGGGUUUCAGUUUGGCCGAUAUGGACUUUGCAAGUCUUGAUAUUGGAAAAAACAGCACAUUGAAAAAGAAAUUGGUGUCAAAUAUAAAAAGUACUUUCAAAGGGUUCAAAGGGUCCAAAGAGAAGACAGGGACAAAAUCAGUGGAUGGGUCAAGUGAUAAAAUGGUGACAAAUGCGACGCAAAGAGCUUCUCUUCAGGCACAUAGCGAUGAUGAAGAGGAAAUACAAGGAUUGUAUGAGGAGAUAAAUGAAAGCGAGAUGAUGAAAUCUCCAUUUCCAAUAACUCAAAAGUCUUUAAAAGACAGCGUUGAAGCAGACAAGGGGACGCAUAUGAAAACUAUUCAGUACCACGAAAAACCCGUGAAACCAACGGCACUAGUACAACCAUCAAAGGUUACUCAUUCAGAGAACAGAAAACUUUUCAAGGACUUAAACAAUAAGGAGUUAAUUCAAAGGUUACAAUUAUGCGGUCUACCAGAAAUGGCAAACUUUUGUGAGAAAGAGAAACUUAAUGGAUCUUUCUUUAAAACAGUAAAAUCAGAAACUUUGAAAAGAGAUAUGAACUUGAAGGGGAUACAGUUAGCUAAAUUCAUCCAAAUGAGGGAUGCAAACUGGGUCCCCACAUAAUAUAACCUGUUAUUUUUGUAAAAUAGUUAAAAGCUUUCGACUUCUGCUAAAGCUAAGAAAACAAUUUUGUUAUGUUUAAAAUUUGCAUUUAAAACCAUUCUGAAUUGUAUAGAAUCUGACAUACAUGCUUGUUUUUUGUUUUAAAUACAGCAAUAUACUGUCGGUUAUAAAGUAA